GGUGACAGUGCGCCCCUUUCUUGUCUCCUAGGGGUAAAAAUCCAGACAUGGCACUGCUUCCUGAAUACCCAGCAAAUAUCUUAAUAUCUUCCCAAGAUACUUUACACUCACGUGUCCUCGCAAUAACGGGAAAAACCUUGUUAAAGUAACAACCAUGUCUACUCCAAUAUGCGCAGGAUCUAAGCUACAAGACUGAAAUGUCCCAGCGAACGUGAACGCUUCAAAUAACGGUACAGUGCGCGGAGGUUGCAGCGGCAUCAGCAAACAGCUGCAUCUAAGCGUGGACAGUUUCAUGCACAGGGUCUCCGAGGCAGGUCUACUGGGCUGCUUCUAAACGGAAAAAUAGAAACGAAAAAGUGGAAGGAAGAAAAGAUGGAUUCCAUCUCUAUGAAAGGGUGCACAAGGAGCCCUGUGUUUCUCACAGCUUCUUCCUCACACUUCAGCCAACCACCAGCUUGCAUGUUCCACUGCAACAAACCUGCAGAUUCAGGACCUUCCUGUCUAGUCCCUACCACAGUGGCUGUCCUUGGGUCAGGUGACUUCUCCAAGAGCAUCACUAUUCGCUUACUUCGUUGUGGCUUCAAGGUGGUGAUAGGCAGCCGCCGUCCCAAACUGGCCUCUCAUUUCUUCCCACAUGUGGUUGAUGUGUCACACUAUGAGGAUGCCAUCAAGAAAGCUAACAUUCUGUUCUUGGCUAUCCAUCGAGAACACUACUCUGUGUUAUGGGACCUCAAGCAUCUCAUGGCAGGAAAAGUCCUUGUUGAUGUGAGUAACAAUCGGAGAUUGAACCAGUAUCCAGAAUCGAAUGCUGAGUAUCUGGCUUCACUGUUGCCAGACUCUGUCGUGGUUAAAGGCUUCAACAUCAUCUCUGCUUGGGCCAUGCAGCAGAGCUACCCAAAAGAUGCCAGCACCCAGGUUUUCAUCUGCAGUGACUCGAUAGAGGCUCGCCAGCUGAUCAUGGAAUUAGCACGCCAGCUCAACUUCCAGCCUGUAGAUAUGGGCCCCCUAUCUUGGUCCCGUUAUAUCGAGAAUAUCCCUGUCCAGUUAUUCCCUGGUUGGAAGGGCCCUGUCCUUGCUGCUGUUGCCCUCUCCAUCUUCUUUUUUGGUUAUUCUUUUGUACGUGAUAUAAUUCACCCAUAUGUGAAGCACAAGCAGAGUGACUUCUAUAAGAUUCCCAUAGAGAUAGUGAAUCACACCUUGCCCACUGUUGCCAUCACUCUCUUGGCCCUGGUGUACCUGGCUGGCCAGCUGGCUGCAGCACACCAGCUUUACUAUGGAACCAAGUACAAGCAGUUCCCUCAUUGGUUGGAAAGCUGGCUACAGAGCAGGAAACAACUGGGUCUGAUCAGCUUUUUCCUGGCUGCUGUCCACAUUCUCUACAGCCUCUCUCUGCCCCUGAGAAAGUCUGAGAGGUACCUGCUACUCAACACCGCCUACCAGCAGAUUCAUGCUAAUAUUGAAAAUUCAUGGAACGAGGAGGAAGUGUGGCGGGUGGAGAUGUACGUUUCCUUUGGGAUCAUGAGCUUUGGGCUCAUGUCCCUCCUGGCCAUCACCUCCAUUCCUUCUAUCAGCAACUCUCUCAACUGGCGGGAAUUCAGCUUUAUCCAGACCACUCUGGGUUACAUCGCCCUUCUCAUUGCUACUAUUCAUGGCCUGCUGUUUGGCUGGAGACGGGCUUUGGAUGAGGAUGCCUACCGCUUCUACCUACCCCCCAGCUUUGUGGUGUCCCUAGCUCUACCUGUCUGUGUCAUACUGGGAAAGGUGCUAAUGUUGCUUCCCUGUGUAGGUCACAAGCUUCACCAAAUUCGCAAGGGUCUGGACACCAGUCCCUGCAAGGCCCGGCGCCUGGAGCCGGUUGGCUCAGCAGCAAACAUUUCACCAGAGAGAGUUACCAUUAUGUGAUUUAUUCUAGUUUUUUGCUCAUUUAUGUGACUAAACACUUUGUGGUUUUAACUCUAUGAACAUACCACUGUCUUUCUCUCAGCAGUUUUGCUGACUUGUGUGCUGCGUACAUGUGACCAUGUUAGGUCUGAUGUCACAGUUUUCUCCAAGUAAAGUUAUAGCACUGAAUAACCUUCCUGUCAGUAUAAAAAGUCUUCCUCUAGUGUUUUAUCAACACAAUGCUUUCAUUCUUUUAUACUUUUAUUUGAAAUUUUACACCAAUUGGUUAAAUUCUUGUUCUCCUAAGUCUGGUAAAACAUGUUUGUGCCGAAUGUUUCCUAAUCUCCAAGAGAAGCUCUGCCAUUUUUAUGUAGUAGAAAUAAAAACAAUGAUUCAGCAGUUAGUGAAUGCUUUAAACCAUUAACAGUCCCGGUGACUCAUUGAGCCAUCCAUGUCCACUGAGGUUGAUGGCUCUUAUUUUCAAGCAUUAGCCCUGAGAAAGAAGAUGAAGUGGAGCCCGACCUUUGAAAAUCUUGCAUACAUUCUAUCACAUGCAUCACUUCAAAACCGCUUCUUCUUUUGAUGGAUCUCAACCAGUGACAUGCCAUCAUGGAAAAAUAAUAUAUAAUGACAAGAUAAUUUAUAUUGCUAUUUUCACCCUGUGGUUUGCACAGUAUUUAUUUUUCAUUUAGCUAAACCAAUUUUGAUUACAUUUUUCUUCAAAAUCACCGAAUUUUCGCAAUUGUCCAUUCAAAUCUCAGCUUCCUGCUGAUGAAGCAGCAGGAAGCUGAGCCUCAUCUUGGAUUACGCAACCUCUCUCUAACUGCACUGGCUGCCAUUUGAUGAGAGCAUCCUGUGUUCCUUCUGUGUGUAUGUUCCCAAUUAAAUGGUUAAAAACAUUUCAUAUAUAAAAUGAUUUUCCAUAAUGCAUAUGUUUGUUUUUGUGAUGAGGAGCGAUCAGAAGCGGCAGAGAACAAAUUUGAGGUGUUGUUUUAUAUAUGUUUACAUAUGUUUAACCCUAAUAA